AUGAGUAACCAAUUUCAAACCUUUGUUGACUUGUCAAUUUAUGAGGGCAAUGCCGGUCCUAGCGGUGUCCAUUACCAACUAGUUGCCAAGACAAUUAAGAAGCACCUCAAGUUUCAAGUGGAGAUGGAGGAGAGGAUGAUGACAUUAAACUUGAAAAGCUACAGUUCGUCAUUAGCAUGGUGA